UCGUUUUUGUAUGGAAGUGCUGCCUCUUAUAACGUAGGGUAUAUAGUGAUCUGUGAUUACCAAGAUUACAUACUCUUUGGUAGUGAUGGUCUGUGGUGAUUACACUGGAACGGUGUGGAAGUGCACUUUCGUGUCUCCAGAACGUUAUUAAUAUUCGGGCGUUGGUGUUGAAAAAUGGAUUUUAAAAUGCAUGAGUAUACACACGCAGUGGUGGGUAAAAUGGUACCAGAGCUUCGCGUCACAGAUAAGGCUGACUUGAACGAUGCUCGGAGGCAGUACGAUAACUAUUUGAGGCUGCUCCGAGAACUGAAUCUGGAACUGAUAGAGAUUGAGACGGAUGCGUUCUUCCCUGAGAACAUCGUCUUCGAGGACUUGGCUAUCGUGUGCCACGGUAUCGUUCUCCUUCCUCACCCGGUAUCAGCUACGGAGGAAAUCAUUAUGGUAGCCCUCAAAAAAGUGUUUCAGCAGGACCUAGGACAAACAAUCGUAGAAGUGAGUGAUCCUGAAGCGAAGCUCGCUGGCUCCGACGUGCUGUUCACUGGCCGGGAAUUUUUUGUGGGCAUUUCUGAAACGACCAACGAAGCAGGCGCCAGUGCUGUCGCAGAUGCAUUCCCUGAGUUCCCUUGCACGCCUAUUAAGGUCGCCAAAGGAGUGAGGCACUUAAAGCGGUAUAUAAGCAUGGCCGGGCCGGACGUGCUCUGCGUGUCUGCGAGCAAGGAGGCCAAGGAGAUGCUGCGAAGGAUCGAGAGCGGCGCCAGCUUCACUUACCAGACCCUCACCGUGCCUGAGAACGGCGCCGCCAACUGCCUGUACGUGAACGGCACGCUCAUACACCGUGCCAUUGAGGAGAUACCGCAGUCUUUCAAGGUGUUCUGUGAGAAGAUAGACUUUGCUCGUCGGUCCAUCUGCUUCACAGCACUGGCUCGCGUCUCCACUGGCCUCACUGCGUGCUGCCUACUGGUGAGGAAAGCCUAAACUGAACUACUGAUAUGACAGUAUGAUAUUCAAUGACUAAAACCCUGUUAUAUGCUUGGCGUCACCAAAAAAAAAACUCUAGACCAGGUACCAACCCUGAAAUGAAAAAACCGGCUACAUACUACAACCGGCUUUUUCCUACAUUUUGCACGAUAGAUCAAAAACUAUUAUACAUAAAACUAAAUAAAAAUCUGUUUUAGAAUGUACAGGUAA